AUGGCAGCAAAGCGUUUUUUUACAUCGUUGCUAUGUGUCUUCUGGUAUUCCAUGCUGGCUCUUUUGGCUAAAGGGUCACCAGUUGGCGGAAAGAUCACAUCGAAGGAUUUAGAUUUGGAAAAUAUUUACUCUCCAGACCCACCUGUUACGCACCGCGUGCUUAUGACAAUCGAAUACUAUGAUCAGGUAGAAGCUAAAACGGAAAAUGAGGAGAUUACCAUUGAGCUCUUCGGUACCAAUACACCCAAGACUGUCCAAAACUUUGCCGCACUAUGUGUGGGAAUGAGAUUUGCGUACGAAAAUGGUGACCCUGAAGAGAUUCAUUUUGCAACUUUCAAAGAGAGUCUCUUGCAUAAAAUCAUUAAAAAUAAACUGAUUCAAGGUGGAGAUGUUUUUGAAAGGCAUAUGCCAUUAUCAAUAUAUGGGCACAAUUGGCCAGAUGAGAAUUUUUUGCUGAAGCAUGAUAGACCAGGCAGAUUAUCUAUGUAUAAUAAGGGCCCAAAUACUCAAGGUUCAGAAUUUUUCAUUACCACAGAUGUUGCACCGGCAUCCGAGUUUGAUAUGAAAAAUGUAGUCUUCGGCCAAGUUGUCUCUGGAUUGGAAUGGCUGAUUGAUAAAGUCCAAUAUGUCCCAACUGAUGAAAGUGGCAAGCCUCUUAAUGAUGUUAUGAUAAAAUAUGUUACAAUUGACGAACUCACUUUGGGGAAUAAGGACCUUUUACAAUCGAAUUAUAUUGAGAAACUCAAUCGUUUCAACAGAGGAGAAAUUGCGGAGGGUGUUAAUUUUAAAUCUAUCCUGAAGAAAGGUAAUACCGAAAAACAAGAAAUGGAUGAUAUCAAGCUUCAACAGCUUGCUAAUCCAUUGAGAAAUGUCAUGUUUGGAAUAAUCUCUCUUUGUGGGAUAUAUCUAUUAGCUAAAUAUAGAAGGUUUAUUCUCCCAAAAUCUUCCAAAAUCGUCUCUAUGAGACAUGAGUGA